AUGGAGGGUCCGAGAAUAGCGCACCAGCCCAUGAAACAGUCCAGACUUCUUACUCCAACUUCAAAAUCAUCAGCGCUAUCACCUCUGCAACAACACAAACAACAACAUCCGCAACUAAAUUAUGACAACCAGUCCUUACGUCAUUGUCCGUCGCGUGACGUCAUCCAACAAAACAACAACAGCGGGAUUCCCCAGAGUUUCAGUUUCGUAGAAAACAAUUGUAGCAAUAGCAGCAACAGAAUUAACAACGCAUCGCUGCUGAAAGCGCAGUACAAACAAUUCAACACAUCAGCAGCAACUGCAACAACUGCAACAACAACAACUGCAACAACAUCAACAAAACCAUCAACAAUCGCUUGCCUAUCCCCAAAUUUCUCUUCGCAUCGCAACAAAUCUCCGACUGCAUCAACAUCAACAACAACAACAACGUCAUCAUCACCACCAGCCCACCAAUCAGCGUAUUUGGCGGGAAACUACAAUGGGGUGGCAAGCCCUCCACUCCCCAUAGAACCUUACGUAACCGUCGAAUAUCAUCAUCAACAUCGACCUCAACAGCAAAAAAUACUGAGCAACAAAAAUGUUUUAGCAACAGCAGCGGAAGAAGCAACUACAACGACGACAACAACUUCAACAAAUGCAAAUGGUGGUGGUGGUGGUUGUGGUGGUGGUUCUUCACAGGAGUUGGAUGAUGAUGAGAAGCUGAAGAUCUACACGAAUUGGGCGAACCACUACCUGGAAAGAAACAACAGCCCCCACGUCAUCACGAACCUCCAGUGUGAUCUCAACACCGGAGAACUACUGGCCGACCUCAUAGAGGCACUUCUGAACAUUCGUGAGUGCUUCCAUCUGCUGGCAUCACGUCAGGUGCAGUUGAACGCCAUUGAGCCAGAAGGCAAAUAUUUGUCAGGGCAACUUAAAGAGCAUCCUGGAGCUCUUUUUCAGCCUCUCUCGCCACAAGCAGCUGCAGAAGCAAGCAGCUGCGGCUUCCGCUUCAUCUGUUACAACUGCAGCUUCAAACUCGCAGCAGCUUAG